AUGGCCGCUCUAGCCAACCAGGGCCCGAGGCUCUCCGAGCUGUCCAAUGGGCUGCCCAGGGACUGCCAAGAGCUGUAUCAAGAGGGAGAGCGGCAAAGUGGACUGUUCCAGAUCCAGCCCCAGGGGUCCCCACCCUUCCUGGUUAACUGCAAGAUGACCUCAGAUGGAGGCUGGACUGUAAUUCAGAGGCGCCAGGAUGGCUCCGUGGACUUUAACCAGCCCUGGGAAGCUUACAAGGCUGGCUUCGGAGACCCCCAAGGUGAGUUCUGGCUGGGCCUGGAGAAGGUUCACCGCAUCACGGGGGACCGCGGCAGCCGCCUGGCUGUGCAGUUGCAGGACUGGGAGGGCAAUGCUGAGUCUCUGCAGUUCCCCGUCUAUCUGGGUGGUGAGGACACAGCCUACAGCCUGCAGCUCACAGCUCCCGUGGCCAGUGAACUGGGUGCUACCACUGUGGCACCCAAUGGCCUCUCCCUGCCCUUCUCCACUUGGGAUCAAGACCACGACCUCCGUGGGGACAAGAACUGUGCCAAGAGCCUCUCCGGUGGCUGGUGGUUUGGCACCUGUGGCCAUUCCAACCUUAAUGGACAGUACUUCCGUUCCAUCCCACACCAGCGGCAGCAGCGUAAGAAGGGCAUCUUCUGGAAGACUUGGAGGGGCCGCUACUACCCGCUGCAGGCCACCACAAUGCUGAUCCAGCCGACAGCGGCUGAAGCAGCCUCCUAG